AUGGGGAGGGGGGCUAGCUGUCUGGAAGAAGCGGCUGAGUCCGCACCCCUCUGCUCCCGCACCCCCACCCUCCCCGCCUUAAAGGCCCGCGGGGAGCAGGUGGAGGCCGGGGUAGCGAAGCGGCGGAGGAGCCGCAGCAGCAGCAGCAGCCGCAGCAGCCGCAGCAGGAGCAGCAGCCCGAGCGCCCACGGGGGAGAUGAGAGCAGGAGUGGCGCCGCCGGCACCAUGCGCCGCCCGCCUCCGCUGCCCCUGGCCGCACUCUGCCUCUUGGCGCUGCCAGCAGCCGUCGCCGCCUACUUCGGCCUGACAGGAAGAGAAGCUCUGACCCCUUUCCCUGGACGGGGUUCUUCCACAGCUCCCCUGCAGAGCAGAGCCCACCUGAAGCAGUGUGACCUGUUGAAGCUUUCCCGCAAGCAAAAGCAACUAUGCCGGCGGGAGCCGGGCCUAGCUGAGACCCUCUAUGAUGCUGUGCACCUGGGUGUCCUUGAGUGCCAGGCCCAAUUCCGCCAUGAGCGCUGGAACUGCAGUCUAGAGGGGAGAACAGCACUUCUGAAAAGAGGUUUCAAGGAGACCGCCUUCCUCUAUGCAGUGUCCUCAGCAGCACUCACCAUGCCUUGGCCCCGGGCCUGCAGCGCAGGCCGAAUGGAACGUUGUACCUGCGAUGUCCCUGACCUGGAGAACCGCCAGGCCUGGCAGUGGGGUGUGUGUGGGGACAACCUCAAAUAUAGCACCAAAUUCCUCAGCAACUUCCUGGGGCCCAAGAAGGGAAGCAAGGACCUUCGCGCCCGGAUGGAUGCCCACAACACCAACAUGGGCAUCAAGGCUGUGAGAAAUGGACUCAAGACCACAUGCAAAUGUCAUGGCGUCUCAGGCUCCUGCGCUGUGAGGACCUGCUGGAAGCAGCUCUCCCCAUUCCGGGAGACGGGCCAGUUGCUAAAGCUUCGUUACGACUCCGCCGUCAAGGUCUCCAGCACCACCAACGAAGCACUGGGGCGCCUGGAGCUCUGGGCACCGCCGAGACCCAGCCGCCCAGCCAAGGGCACGGCCCCCCGGCCCGGCGACCUGGUGUACAUUGACGACUCGCCCAGCUUCUGCAGGCCCAGCAAGUACUCUCCUGGCACAGCAGGGCGGGUCUGCUCCCGGGAGGCCAGCUGUGACAGCCUGUGCUGUGGCCGCGGCUACAACACACAGAGCCGGCUCGUGGCCUUCUCCUGCCACUGCCACGUGCAGUGGUGCUGCUAUGUCGAGUGCCAGCAAUGCGUUCAGGAGGAGCUGGCCUACACCUGUAAGCAAUAGGUCCGGCUUCCCCAGCCAAAGCAUGCCAGGAUGCACUAGGGACAUCGGCUGCCUAUUACACGCUCCUACCGCCCUGCUUUCAUUCCAGCAGCACUGACCACCCACAACCACACCAUCAAGUGUGUGCGCCUGGACCUGUACUUGCUCACUCCCAACACCUUCCCUCCUCUUUCUA